UGAGUUUUUAAAAGAAACUGCUGUUUGUUGUUGUUUUGUAUUCAUGUAUUUCCUCAGACCAAGAAGAAGAAACGGAACCGAAACAUUUGUUCAGUCGUCUCUUCUACUCGGACUUGUUUACUGGUGGCACACUGGGAACAGCUGUUGUGAUUCGGCUUAGCUAGUAGCUCGCUACAGUCAACUUACUGACCAUAUUAAACGUGAAUUUAGUUUUUGCACAGCUUUUAUAUUUCCCAGGUUGAUCGAGGCCUGUUGCCAUGGAGCCCACCUGCCGUAAGGACAAGCCAAAGCUGAACUCUACCCCGACAAGAGGCGAUAGAGGCAGACAGAAGUCUGCACAGCAAGAGCUCAAACAGAGACAGAGAGCAGAGAUCUAUGCUUUGAACAAGGUGAUGACAGAGUUGGAGCAGCAGCAGUUCGAGGCCUUCUGUAAACAGAUGCAGUCACAGGGAGAAUAGAGUCCUGCCUGCUCUGUCUUCCACCUGGACAAAGUCACCUGGCACAGUCCAAAUACACAACAUACAGCUAUUACAUACACACUUCAGUCAGAAAUGUCUGCAGUGUUCAAGUGGGCGGUGGCACCGAAUGCAGAGGCCGGACGCCAUGUAUUGAUUCCUCAAUGGAGAUCACAUAUUUCUGUUUACAGCAUAUCCACUCAGGCAUCAGCCCUCACCACCAAAGGCUCUCUAGACAUCUUAAUCAGUGUGGCACUACUUUUCAUUCUGAGAUAUUUAUAUAUACUGUUUUUUUUUGGGGGGGGGGUUUGUGUCCAUUGCAUGUUAAAAACAUCAACACACUCACUCUUAGUGAAUCCUCCAGAUAAUAUCCUGCUGUGUUCUCACUUGGGCUCUUGUGGACAUAAUCAUUAUUAAAGUUUUUUUCUAGGGAGCUGGCAAGAAAAACUCUGUAGAUAGUCUCAUUCGGACAUUUGCGUUCUCACAUACAGCCCCUGUGUCCUUAAUGAGAGCAGGAAGUUUCAUAUUUCCUACAGACACAUCAACUGGCUGACAUUUUCUUUCCUUAAUUAUCAACCUUUUUAACAUUGAGGCAAUGUAACUCAGGCAACUGAGUUUUUGUAAAAAAUGUUCACUAGUGUCCA